AUGAGGCGUGGUGGCGGUGUUCUGGCCUGUCUGCUCUUGUUUAGCUUUCUAGAAGAGGGCGCUAGGGCGUGGUACGAUGGACAGUUGGACGGAACGUUGCGUUCGUUCGGGACACUUCACAGAGAUGAUAUCACUCACCGAAUUAUUCCCAACCGUCGGUCGCCAAAGCCAAGAGCCCACGUUAGACGAAUGGCAGUGCAAAUAGCAGAUCGCCAGUUUGUGUUGUCACUGUCUCCUCAUGAGCGUUUAUUCUCUCCUGACUUCAAAGUGAUCAGUCAUGAUGGGUCCAGUAAAGUCAAGCAUCACUCUCUCAAUAUCUAUCAGUUUUAUGAAGGUCAUGUGCAUGGGGAAAAGAAAUCUCAUGCUUGGGUGCACGUUGACGACGAUAACAUUGUGACCGCUACGAUAACACUCGGGAAUGUGUCUUACCACAUCGAACCAUCAUGGCGACAUUUUAAAGGACCACAUCUCUUUCACAUGAUUACAUACAAAUCAUCAGAUAUCAUUUCUAAUUUGACGUCAUGUGGGAUUGAUCUUAGUACGUCUCAAGAUGAGAGCUUUAUGCAUGUUGAAGAUGAUGAUGAUGAUGAGCUGAUGUUAACGAGAUCGGACACUCUUCGACGUAGAAAGAGAGCAAUUGGAGAAGACUCAUGUGAAAUUGCUUUGGUAGCUGAUCAUCUCUUCUUUGCACAUGUGGGUGGUAAUAAUGUUGGAGCCAUGGCUCAAUAUCUUAUAAAUGUUGCUGGAGCAGUUGACAACAGAUUUCGUGUUACUGACUGGGGUGAUGGCUUCAGUAAUCUAGGGUUGAUGAUAAGAAAGGUGAUUAUCCAUGAAAGGCCAUCAAGUUUAAAUGAUGAUGUUGCUCCAUAUAAUGUACCAACUUCAACUCCGGGUAGAGUUUGGAAUCAAAAUACUUACCUUGAAGAAAUUGGUUAUAGUAAAGAGGGAUGGGAUGACUUUUGUCUUGUUCAUGUGUUUACUUAUCAAGAUUUUCCCGGAGGAUUGUUAGGUCUUGCUCCUAUUGCUAGUUCAAGAGCAAACAAGGCUGGCGGAAUUUGCUCAUUUGUUUUACGUGGUACUCAGUCUCGUGUGAGACAUACAAAUGUUGGAUUUUCAACCGGAAUUAAUCAUGGCAGGACUCUAAUUGUCAAGGAAGCAGAAGUAGUUGUCCAACAUGAAAUAGGUCACAACUGGGGGUCACCGCAUGAUCCAAAUCAAUGUUCCGGGGGCAAUGACGGACGAUACAUCAUGAGUGCAACAGCAGUUGAUGGAUCAGACGGCAACAAUUUUGUUUUUUCAUCUUGCAGCAGAGCUAGUAUAUUGUCUGUACUGAAAACAAAGAGUCACUGUUUCACGGGUCGGAGUGAAACGUUCUGUGGUAAUGGAUAUCGUGAGGAUGGAGAGGAAUGCGAUGGAGGCGGGCAGAUCGGUGAAUCUAAUGAUGAUUGUUGUACAAACAGUUGCACUCUUCGUUCAAGUGCAGCAUGUAGUGACAGAUCUGAUGCUUGCUGUCAAGACUGUAGGUAUGCUCGUGCCAAUACUCUUUGUUUCCAGGCUCCCGAGCUUGAUGAAUUAUGUCAUGAUGAUACAUAUUGCUCUGGUGAUUCCAAAUCUUGUCCUGAACGUAACUUUAAAGCAGAUGGUCGUAGCUGUCUUGGCAAUGGUCAGUGCAAGAAUCAAAGCUGUCUUCAUUUUUGUGAGCUAAUGGAAAAGCAAUCUUGCAUCUGUAACAAACCGGAAGAUGAAUGUAAAGUGUGUUGCUUGUCAACAAACUGUACAGCUGCAGAUCCAACAGUUUUCCACUUGGAUGGCACGCCAUGUUCCUUGGGUCUGUGUGAAAGCGGAAACUGUGUCAAAAAAACCCAAGAUGUCAUAUCGCGAUUGUGGAAUUUUAUAGAGCAGCUGUCAAUUGAUACAAUCGGUGAGUGGGUUCGAGACAACAUCGUGGCUGCUGUGUUGUUCUUUAGUCUGGUGGUUUGGGUGCCAACAUGUAUUGUAAUUUGGUGUUUCGAUCAUCGAAGAAAACGUGCAAAGUUAGGUAAGGAAGCCGAAUACCAAGACAGACAGAACCAAGAUCAGACCGAUUCGGCUAGAGAUGAUUCACUCGCCAGUCUGAUUGGAAACGAAGAAACAUCAAGAUUUGAUGAUAGACUGUGGUAUUCUUUGGAUGAGGAUCCAAAGCAACGUCGUAAAAUCAAACUCCAGCUAGCCAGCUAGCUUGCACUGUAGCUAUAGCUUGCAUUGUAGUAUUGAAACACUCGAUUGCUAGAACGUACAUUUCAACUUGUUUGCUGUUAAUAAAAUUAUUAAUUAUUGUUUGA